AUGACAACUCCACUGCGACCUCUAGAGGUGUUCAUAUCCCAGGCUCAGCCAGGAGUCAUCCUCGAUCCUGAUCAAUCGAGCCGCCGGGAAGGCAAGCUCUCAUGGCAUCGAAAGAGCAGCAUUCUCGACCAGAAUCCGGAGAGCACCAGACUUCCCCCCUAUAAACCCACAUGUCUGCCUGGGUUAACAGCUCUUAAAGCGAUUCUGUGGAAAUGUACGCAAAGUGUCUUGAGUCUUUGGAGACAACCCUUCCCUGCGCGGUAUUGCCCGGAUAAUGGGCGUCUUUUAUUCAAGACAGCAUACGGCUUACGGCUUAUCGUCCAUAAUAACGGCGAUACAGGCUGCACCACCAUCGAGAUUACCGCAGGCCAGAGCCCGAAUCGUCGAGUGCGAGGAGGAAUCGGCCAACUCUAUCAUUACCGGUUGGUCCCAGACUGGCAGACGUCGUUCCUCUGGUACGAUACCCGUUGGCCUCAUAAUCCGCCUGGCGAGGCACAUGUUGAUGAAGAAACAAUCGAGGAGCGAUAUCCUACGUUGGCACCCUUCUACUACUAUGCAUGGCAAACAUCGUAUGAGGACUCAUUUACGGCCCAAGGUUGUGAUAGAGGAAGUGGUCUAGAUGUGUUCCCUGAUGCUGCCUCCCGAGUAGGCUGGGAGGUCGGAGGCUUUCUUUUUCCCUGCUGGCUAGUCCUACAGGGUGAUGUGGAACAGGUGAAAUAUGAAGUUGCUACAGGAACGUACUCGAUCAGGAGGGAGAAUUUGAGCAGUGUUGCGCAGACAUUUCUCGCAGAUGUAGAUGCUCUACUCUGA